AUGACUCUAGGGACGGAUAUGUCCGACAACUCUGCUUUGUCUGAUGAUGUGGACAUAGAUGUGGUUGGGGGAGACAUUUCCGUUGGCAAGGAUGGGAAAUACCUUCAUCGCGAUUUUCUAGACAAUGACUCGGACGAUAAUUUGUCUCAGAACGCGGGGGAGAGGGGUUCCUCUCCCGGCCUCAGCAGCUCAGAGUGUCCGGCUGACCAGGUUGGAGUUGGUGGAGAUUCAGGUGCCAUGAUAGGAGAUAAGCCUGGUAAGAACGCUCUAGUCAAGCCCCCGUACUCCUACAUAGCCCUGAUAACCAUGUCUAUCCUCCAAAGUCCCAAGAAACGCCUCACUCUUAGCGAGAUCUGCGAGUUCAUCAGCAACAGGUUCCCGUACUAUCGGGAGAAAUUCCCCGCUUGGCAAAACUCCAUUCGUCACAAUCUUUCUCUCAAUGACUGCUUUGUCAAAAUCCCACGUGAGCCUGGCAACCCCGGAAAAGGCAACUACUGGACCCUCGAUCCAGAGUCCGCCGACAUGUUCGACAACGGGAGUUUUUUACGCAGGAGGAAGCGCUUCAAGAGGCACCAAGUCAACGAAAUCCUCAGGGACGCCGGGGGGUUCCUGCCCGGGUUCGGAUACGGCCCUUAUGGGUACAACUAUGGACUCCAACUGCAGAACUUCCAUGCUCAUAACCCCUAUCAUCCUCACCUCACAGCAGGCGCUUUCCCUUUCCAUAAUACACCUUGUGGACUCCCCUCGCCAGCCUCAAUUUUCCCCACGCCACAUCCCCUGCCCUCUCUAUUAGGGGCUGAUUUACGAAAGCCAUUCUACCCUCAACUAAGCCCUACCUUGCCCGGCCUGGCGCCUCUCAAGACGGACACUAACACGCCAAUUCGGCCUUCUUUCUCUAUAGACAAUAUAAUCGGUGCAGCUAACUCCGUGGCCUCCCCGUACAGUGCACAGUCGGGUAGCCACAGUCACAGUCAGGCUCAGAUCCUGGCCAUGUUGAACCCUGCACUCACCUCAGCUUCGAACCACUUGAACCUCUCGCAGGAAACCAUGCUUCAGCCUGGUUCACAGACAUUCUCCAGCAAAACUGCAAAUCUUAACAUUUGUCAUUUCUAA